CACAUGAGAAGCUGGUGAAUGUUGCAGCUCAGUAGAAGCUACAACGUUUACAGUAGUUUUAAAGCGAAUUUAUAUUAAAUAUUAAUUAUUUACUAAUGCGGGAUACCUGAACAGUGUUCCAUCUUUUGAAAUGUCUCUGUUUAUUGUAAACAGAUAUCUUGGAGAGGAGGAGAAUGAGAGUCCCUCAAAGGAGUCUCGGUCUCAGGCGUUACUGGCUAAACUUCAGAAGAAGGCAAAAGAGAAGCAGAGACAGAGUUUGACAGAACAGAGUCAACACUCUCCGCCUAAAGAACGGACGGAACGGCAAGAUGUGAAAAAGAAAAGAAAAGCUGAGAAGAGCAUAAGUCAAGAGCCUCAACAGCACAAAAAGAGGAAAUCAGAAGAUGUGCCUUUGUCUGUUGGGGAGUCUGAUCAUGACGAUGAGCCUGUCAAAGAGGUAAAGAAGAAGGAGACGGGUACAACUGAGAAACAAAAGAAGAAGAAGAAAAAGGAUAAGUCAGGCAGUUCUGUUAAAGUUCUGCCAGACGGACAGGAGGAGGCGGGAGGAGAAGAAAAGGCGACAGAGACAGAAGAUGUGACACCAAUAGAAACCACGGAGAAAACUUCUGCUCCAACCGGAUUCACAGUUCUGGGAGGAUUCGAGAACAAACCCGUUCAAAAGGUCUUCAGAGUCCUGCCUCAGUGGCUCGCUCAGCCCGAUGUGAUUAACAGAGACAUUAAAAGCAACCUGGUCCCCGUCUCUGACCUCCCGGGACUUUCUGCUCUGCUCGUGAAAAAACUGCAAAAUAAUGGAAUUCAGCACCUUUUUCCAGUGCAAGCAGAGGUAAUCCCGGCCAUCUUGGAGAGCGCACAGCAGGGGCUGCUGAUUGGACGAGGUGGCUACAAGCCCAGAGAUAUUUGUGUGUCCGCACCGACAGGAAGUGGCAAGACACUCGCGUUUGUCAUACCUGUCAUACAGGUGCUGACGGAGCGGGUGGUGUGUGAAGUCCGGGCGUUGGCUGUGUUGCCGACCAAAGAGCUCGCCCAGCAGGUUUGCAAAGUGUUCGCAUCUUACGCUGAGGGAACCUCUCUGAAAGUGGUGAUGCUGGCUGGUCAGAAGUCUUUUGCUGCAGAGCAGGCGUCACUCUCUGAACUCAGAGGGGGCAUGAGACGCAGUUUAGCCGACAUCGUCGUCGCCACUCCGGGUCGACUGGUCGAUCACAUCAACAAGAACUCAGGCUUUAGUCUGGAACACCUCAGGUUCCUUAUUAUUGACGAGGCCGACAGGAUGAUUGACAGCAUGCACCAGUCUUGGCUCAGUCAGGUGGUGAAGGCGGUGUACAGAUCAGGAAGUGGUGCAGAAGCCAUGUCCAUCUUCAGGCGGACGGAGCCAGCCUACGUCACAGCAGCCAGUCUGUCUCCACCUCAGAUGCCGCUGCAGAAGCUGCUGUUUUCUGCCACGCUGACACAAAACCCGGAGAAGCUCCAGCAGCUGGGCCUCCACCAGCCCAGACUCUUCAGCUCCAUCCACAGUCACACCAGCACCACCACACCGUCAGACCCCACCCAGACACAGGGCGGCUUUGACUUCCCCCAAGGCCUGACGGAGUAUUACGUUCCCUGUACGAUGAGCAAAAAGCCCCUCCUCAUCCUCCACUUCAUCCUGCGCUUGAAGCUCAGCCCUGUCCUCUGUUUCACCAACUCCAGAGAGACCGCACACAGACUUUUUCUGCUGGUGCAGCUCUUUGGAGGAGUUCAGGCCGCUGAGUUCUCCUCCCGACUCUCCCCCGCUGAGAGGAAGAAGACGUUAAAGGAAUUUGAACAAGGAAAGAUCCAACUGUUGAUCAGCACAGACGCAGCUGCCAGAGGCAUCGACAUCGACGGGGUCAAAUGUGUUGUGAAUUAUGACGCCCCGCAGUACAUCAGGACGUACAUCCACAGGAUUGGAAGAACAGCAAGAGCAGGAAAAACAGGCCUGGCCUUCACCUUCCUGCUGGGAGUACAGGAGAAGAACUUCAUCCAAAUGGUGGUGGAAGCAGGAACCCCCGGGAUUCAGAAGCAGAUCGUUAAACCAGAGACCCUGAAGGGAAUGGAGGCCCGAUAUGAACAAACGCUGCAGGAGCUGUCCAACGUUAUCAAGGAUGAGAAAAGCUAAAUAAUGGAGCAACACUGAUUGAUUCUUCUCCGAUCUGACGUCUGUGCUUCACAAAGACCACAUUACAUUUAUUUUUUUCAGCUGUACCUGGAGUUUUUUAUGUUGUUUAAUAAAACAUAAAAUGUCUGUGUGUGGUGAACCUGGUGAUUUGAGAUCCACAGAGCCAGUUUUCAAUGUCCAUUGACUUUUAAUUGAGGUUAUGAUUCAUGUGGAUAAUGAUGUUAUUCAUAAAAUGUGAACCUUAAUUUAGCUUUCCUUCUGUCUGUCUCUGAAAUAUAAGGUGUGUACAGUGGUGAGAUUAUAAUAAUUCAUAGUGUGUUAGGGCCAAAACUACACCAAUAAAUACAUCAUGAAUAAUCAUAU